AUGAAUCACUGUGGUUACCAGCAGAAGAACGCCAUGAGAAGCUGUGAAGAGAUGAGGAUGGAAUCUGUGGUUUGCCCUAAGCCUCGUAGAUUUGGUCUGAUGAACAACUCAUUUAUUAACAAUAACAACAACCAUAUCAGAUCAUAUAAGCCACAAAUUAUCAGCUACCAAUCAGAGCUUGAAGGUUCAGGUGUCAUGGAAGAUCUUCUUGAUAUUAUUCUCCCCAAGGAAAAUAGCUAUAUGGAAAGAUUUGGAGACCAAAUGGCAUCAUCACCACCCCCAUUUUUUUGUGGAUCUCCACCUAGCAGGGCUUCAAACCCUGUGAUCCAAGAUGAGCAAUUUGGUAAUGGCAAUGGUCAUGGAAAUUUUAGUCCAUUUUCCAUGGCACCCUCUUCACCAUCUUCCUCAGCUAGAAGCUGUGUUCCAAUGAAGUUUGGUCACAAACAAGCUGCAGUGAGGAUUGAAGGUUUUGAUUGUCUCAAUAGGGAUAGGCGCAACCGCAGUAUUUCAGCUGUUGCAUAA